AUGACCAAGGCCUCACAGUGUGCCCCUCCCAUCAAAGCAGGCAAAACGAGCCGAAUUAACUCGUUUCUAGUGAUUGGACCUUUUGUUUGGUACGAAGGAAUUGUUGGUCAUGACAAAUCGCACAGCAAUCUAUACUGUUGCCUUCCGCCGGGCAAUAAUCGGCGCAGCAUCUUCCUACUUCAAAUGGUCCAUGCUGAGCCCUCUUCUGUUCUGCCUUAA